UUAAAGGCUUAGGCAGCUCCUCCAAGCUUGUGGUGGGACUGGGGGCCUUGCCUUCCCAAAAGGACCAAUUCACCUCGAACUCGCUCCGGCAUGUCACAGCUGCCAAGUUCGCAAUGAUGAAGGGCAUGAUAUGAUUUAAAAACACCGUCGACUCUUUUCCCCUCGUCAACCACUUCGAUUUGCAUUUGGGCAUCAAAAAAUACACAGCCGCAGCCCCUUGAAUCCAACUUAAAUAAGCCACCACGACUAUUCAUCGAGCAGCGCCACUUCCUCACCAUGUCUGAUCACGAAUUUGGAGCAAAUGACGACUUGUCGCUACCAAAGGCCACGGUCCAGAAAAUUGUCACAGAGAUCCUCCCGCCUGCCAACGGCGUCGCUUUUGCAAAGGAGGCCCGGGAUCUGCUGAUCGAGUGCUGCGUCGAGUUCAUCACGCUUGUCUCGUCAGAGGCCAACGAGAUCUCGGAGAAGGAGGCAAAGAAGACUAUUGCAUGCGACCACAUCACAAAGGCCCUGGAACAGCUGGGGUUCUCCGAGUACGUGUCAGCUGUCAUCGAGGCCGCCUCGGAGCACAAGGAACAACAGAAGGGACGAGAGAAGAAGCUCAACAAGUUCGAUCAGAGCGGUCUGUCUAUGGAGGAGCUUGAGAAGAUCCAGGCCGAGCAGUUCGCCGCCGCGGCUGCGCGGCACAACUAAGCGGCCUUCCCGGUCACAUUGUUGCAUGGUAACAGAUGUUUCUUUCCUUGUUUUGCAUCUGGACGGCGUUGGGGAUUCGGUACGGCGAGGAUUGGGAGGGUUUGCUUGCGGUUACAGUUCCUGAGCUCUAGACCGCAUGGCUAUAGGUGUCCAUGCUUCAUUUUCUAUCCUGGCAAUGAAAUCAAUUGUUCACGGUA